AUGGCGCCCUUUGAGAAAUCCAUGGAGAUGAUGAUGCCCUUUAAGCAGAGGAAGUGCUUGGAAACAAGAAAAGACGAAGUGUGCAGCAUUCGUUCCAAAUUCCCCAACAAAUUACCGGUUAUCGUGGAACGCUACAUCCGUGAAAAGACUCUCCCCCUGCUGGACAAGACAAAAUUUUUGGUUCCCUUUGAGCUCACCUUGGGUCAAUUCCUCUGCCUGCUCAGGAACAAGAUCGACCUGGAAUCGACCCAAGCGCUCUUCCUGCUUGUGGCCGAGAAAAGCAUGUCCUGCAUGUCCUCAAGCAUGGGGGAGGUUUACUCCCACUACAGAGAUCCCGACGGCUUCCUCUACAUCACGUACGCCUCACAAGAAAUGUUUGGAGCGCCCCGACCGGCAGGACGGCCGCCGUGCUGA